UGAUGAAUCAAAUGCGAUGAGAAUUGCGUUUUUUCUUUUAAUUUGAUUUAAUUUGUUUUUAUUAUUUUUAUUAUCUUUUUUUUUCUAAUAUCAUUGUAUUCUAUCAUCGUUCACUCCUAUCACCAUGCAAUUAACCGAUUUGGAUCAAUGGAUCGAGAUUACAAAACAAUGCAAAUAUUUGCCCGAAAAUGAACUAAAGAAACUUUGUGAAAUUGUCUCUGAUAUCCUAAUCGAAGAGUCCAAUGUACAGCCGGUUUCCUGUCCAGUUACUGUUUGCGGUGAUAUUCAUGGACAAUUUUAUGAUCUGGAAAAAUUAUUUGAAACUGGUGGUCAUGUUCCUGAAACUAAUUAUAUUUUCAUGGGAGAUUUUGUUGAUCGUGGCCAUUAUAGUCUCGAAACUUUUACUCGAUUAUUAACAUUGAAAGCCAAAUAUCCGGAUCAUAUUACAUUAGUUCGUGGUAAUCAUGAAAGUCGACAGAUAACACAAAUUUAUGGAUUCUAUGAUGAAUGUUUACUCAAAUACGGUAAUUCAAAUGCAUGGAAAUAUUGUUGCAAUGUAUUUGAUUUGCUGAAUAUUGCUGCGAUAAUUGAUAAUGAAGUAUUAUGUGUCCAUGGUGGCCUAUCACCUGAUAUCAAUAUGAUUGACCAAAUUCGAACUAUUGAUCGUAAUCAGGAGAUUCCCUGUACUGGUCCAUUCUGUGAUCUAGUCUGGUCUGAUCCAGAAGAAGUUGAUACAUUUGCUAUCAGUCCAAGAGGUGCAGGUUGGUUAUUUGGCCCAAAAGUUACGCAUGAGUUCAUGCAUAUUAAUAACUUAAAUCUAAUUUGUCGAGCUCAUCAACUGGUUCAGGAAGGUUUUAAAUUUCAUUUCGAUAACAAAUUGAUUACAGUUUGGUCAGCACCAAAUUAUUGUUAUCGUUGUGCUAAUGUGGCAGCAAUUUUGGAAUUCAAACAAUCGAACCAAAAAGAACCGAAAAUAUUCAAUGCUGUACCGGAUUCAAAACGUAAAGUUCCAAAUCGUAAAUGUCCUUAUUUUUUAUAAUAACUUGAGAUAAAUUAUGAUGAUGAUCGAUGAUUGUUACACAGUGCCCAUUAAAGUAUAUAUAAAUUAAUUAA